CAACAACCUACACCAUGUGUGGCUACUACGGAAACUACUAUGGCGGCAGAGGCUAUGGCUGCUGUGGCUAUGGAGGCCUGGGCUAUGGCUACGGAGGCCUGGGCUGUGGCUAUGGCUCCUACUAUGGCUGUGGCUACCGUGGACUGGGCUGUGGCUAUGGCUGUGGCUAUGGCUAUGGCUCACGCUCUCUGUGUGGCUGUGGCUAUGGAUAUGGCUCAGGCUAUGGCUCUGGAUUUGGUUACUACUAUUGAAGACACCAUGGAAAACUUUCA